AUGCGUAAGGGUCAGAAGCGUAGCAUUAUUGAGUCUGGGGAGUGCUCUGUGUCUGCUACUCCUGUUAUGCGUACAAGUAAACGGUCCCGACUUAUUUCUUAUGGUGGUCUUCCUACAUACUAUGACUGUGGUGAUUGUGUUUGUGUUUGUGAAUUUUGUGGAGCUCUUUUCUGCAUUAUGACUAACAUAUCUGACUUAAAGUAUGCAUGCGAAGGAGGUCCAUUACAGGUGCGGAUCUUGCGAAAAUGGAAAUCAGACUACCGUCGAUUUCAUUGGUGUGCUAAAAAAAUCAGAAAUUGCACAAAGGCUGAUAGAGAGGAAUUCAUUCUUGUAAUUCUUGCAGAUGAAAGUGGUGAUGAAACAGCAAUCAGUUUAUGGAAAGAAUGUAUUAAUGUUCCUGAAAAAUUAAAACGUGAACAGUUGGCACCUCCUCCUGCAACAACAAUUGUUGCAAUUACAAAUAUAAAGAGUUCAAUAAUUGCUGGAACUCUAAGAUUUGGAUCAUCACCUGCCACACACGUCUAUGUUAAUCCACCAAUACAGGAGACAACACUUUUAAUCGACAGGUUUACUGGUCCUACACCACCAACUCCGACACUCUCCGGACCACUGAUAACAGUGCAUGAAUUGAUUAAUAAAAAUCAUAACGACCUACUGGAUAAAACAUUCUGUGUAAAAGGCGUGUUGUCAAAAAUCACAGUCAAAGAUUACUGGUUCCAAGUAUUGUGCCCAACAUGCAAGGAUCCAAUUUUCAGGAAAGGCAACUACUGGUUUUGUAGUGCUCAUGGAAAAACAGAGUUGCCUACUUUCCUGUACAAAAUAGUUAUAGAUCUAACGGAUCCAACAGGCUCCAUAUAUGCCCUAAUGACUGAUGCCUCAGCCCGAAAACUAAUUGGCAGUCCACCGAAAAAAAUAAUAACCGAUGACCAUAGGAUCUACCACCAAAAACAUCCGUUUAUAAUUGUUGAUGUGCAUGAAAUCACCGCACCAAAUAAGACACUUACACCAGUUACACCAACACAAAUUUUGGCACCUACAAACAUAGCAACACCACUCAGUCCAAUACAGCUUCCACAAUCUUCAAAUGUUCAGAUCAAUCCUAACCUCGAAACAACUUCCACAACCUCUGAAACACCACAUGCAGCAAGGAAACUAUCAUAUGACACUACCGCUGAAUCUGCACCAAAAAAACAACAAAAGCGAGGACGUAGAGUGCAGUAA